ACAAAUGUACCCAGCAUGUGACUGACUGUGCAAGAACGUAAUGCUGCGGAGUACUGCUUGGUCUUUACCCUGAGCUUGUACUCUUAUCAGGGGAAAAACACUGCAUACUCGUUCACAGGAAUUAGCUGUCCCUUAUCAGUCAUACACCACUGCCUUAAAAGAGGCCAUCCCAUUGGCUGAAAACCUUUGUGUCCUGUCAGCUGACUGGAUGAGCACAAGUGUAUACCCCGUGAAUAGCAAAGAAAAAGGAUUAAAAAGUUUACAACAGUGUUGCACAAUCCCCACUGAGAAAGUGGCGUAUCAGUAUUUACCCCUGGGAGGUUAUUCCAAGGUGAAUAGGUGGGACGUAUUUGAGAUUGGAGUCAGGAUGGCAGGGAGUCGUUAUUGUCAUAAUCUGUGGGGGGAAAACAUUGGUCCCAGUGGAGUAUCCUGAGGUGGGUAAAGUAAGAGCUGGUGCUCCACCAUCAGUGAUGAAGAGACCUAGAUCCUGGGGGGACAGGGACCUCCUGGGAAGCAACACAGAGGACACAGACAACAGUGAACAGGAUGAGUCCACGUCUCUGAGGUCAUCUUGGUCCCUGGCAGACACCAUGAACUACGUGGGCCAGCUGGCAGGUCAGGUGCUGGUGACCGUCAAAGAACUGUAUAAGGGCAUUAAUCAGGCCACAUUAUCGGGCUGCAUUGAUGUUGUGGUUGUCCGCCAGAGAGAUGGCAACUACCAGUGCUCACCAUUUCAUGUGCGCUUCGGGAAGCUGGGUGUGCUUCGCUCCAAAGAGAAAGUAAUUGACAUCGAAGUGAAUGGAGAGCCCGUAGACCUGCACAUGAAGCUUGGUGACAAUGGAGAGGCAUUCUUUGUCCAGGAAUCCGAGCAGCAGAAUCAGAUUGUCCCUGCCCACCUGGCCACCUCCCCAAUCCCCACUGAGAGUCACAUGUUCUGGAUCUCAGAGGUAGAGCACAGGGUACCAAAAGAACUGGAGGACGACCCUGCUGACCCAGAGGACCCCCCUGAGCCUCCUGCUCCCAGCACCGUACCCACGAAAAAGAAGAAGAAACGGAGGAAGAAGCACAAAGGAGACCCCCGAAGAGAGGAGCUGACCCCGCCCAUGUCAGUCACUACUGGUAAUGCUGUUGCUGCUACUGCACCUGCUGCUACGACUGCUGUUAUGUCCAGUACUGGGCAAAAUGAAGAGAUCUUUGAGAUGGACCUGAGCUCCGACGGGGAGGCUGCAGCACAUGUCUCUAGGUCACCUUCAGUGACCACAAUGCGCGACGUUGACCCGAAAUUACCUGCGGCCAGACACAGCCUUGACGGUUAUCCAAUGUCUGAUGGGGAUUGGCCAGCAGAUGACAGUCAUGGCUUGUCUCAGGGCUUUUCCCCAAAGAGUGACUCUGAACUGGUGGUCAGGCCUUCAGAGAGUUUGCUCAGAGCUGAGUCCCACAUGCAGUGGACCUGGGGAGAGUUUCCAGAAACAGCCAGGGUCAUCAAGAAAGAGAAAGCAGAACCAAUAAAAAAAGUGACCAUCACCCCAUCAGAGAGCACCCACUUCCGCGUCAUCCUCAGUUCCGAGGCCAUGGAGAACGAGACAGAGAUCAAAAAGGAAAAUGGUGCCUCGUCUGUGUGCGCUAUUGUCAAGCCCGAGCCACGCACCCCUAUCUCCACUGUAACACCUGCGAAUCCCCUCGGUUCUGCCAACACCGUAACUUUUGUGAGUCCUGUAACCCCCACAGAGCCCCUGGAUGUCCUGCCAGCCAAUGUGGCGACCUCCACCCCUUCCAACAGCCAACAGAGUGAUUCACCCUCUAAGAAGAAAGGGGUCCCAAAGAGGAGUCAGCAUCAGGGUCCUGAGGAUAUCUACCUAGAUGACCUGAAUGUACUUGAACCUGAUGUUGCUGCACGAUAUUUUCCGAAGAGCGAGUCUGAGGCAGCCACUAAGCACUGGAUGGAUUCGGAGAUGUGCUCUGGUUCACAGUCUCCUCAAUCGGUGGGUAGUGCUGCAGCUGACAGCGGGACAGAGUGUCUUUCUGACUCAGCCAGCGACCUCCCUGACGUCACCCUUUCUCUGUGUGGAGGCCUCACAGAAAAUGCUGAAAUAUCCAAAGAAAGAUUCAUGGAGCAUAUCAUUACCUAUCAUGAAUUUGCUGAAAGUCCAGCAAUUAUAGAUAACCCCAACCUGGUUGUAAAGAUAGGAAAUAGAUAUUAUAACUGGACACUAGCUGCACCCUUGAUUUUAAGUCUACAAGCAUUUCAGAAGAAUUUGCCAAAGGCUACGGAGGAGGCCUGGGUGAAGGAAAAAAUGCCAAAGAAGUCAGGCCGCUGGUGGUUCUGGCGAAAGAGGGCGGAUAGUACAAUAAAGCAGUCGGAGACUAAGCUUGAAACCAAGGAGGAGUCUCAUUUGGAGGAGGAAGAACCCUCCAUAUCUCAGGAGAAGCUGACCUUACCGCCUAAAGCAGGAGAGUCAUCCAGCGAUGAAGACGCAAAGGAGGUGAGCGCUGCAUCCUGUCAAGAGAGACUGCAGCCAGUAGAAGGACAGCACCACCCCAGCCCGCACACUUACAGGAAGUCAUUACGUCUCUCUUCUGAUCAGAUAGCCAGUCUGAAACUGAAGGAGGGACCUAAUGAUGUGACAUUUAGCAUCACCACCCAGUACCAGGGCACUUGCCGCUGCGAGGGCACCAUCUACCUGUGGAACUGGGACGACAAAGUCAUUAUCUCUGACAUUGAUGGCACCAUCACCAAGUCAGAUGUGUUUGGACAGAUUCUGCCACAGCUGGGGAAGGACUGGACCCACCAAGGCAUUGCCAAGCUCUACCACUCAGUAGCUGAGAACGGCUACAAGUUCUUGUACUGCUCAGCUCGGGCUAUAGGCAUGGCGGACAUGACAAGAGGUUACCUGCAGUGGGUCAAUGAUGGAGGCACCAUCCUGCCCCGGGGACCUCUCAUGCUGUCUCCCAGCAGCCUCUUCUCUGCUUUCCACAGGGAGGUCAUCGAGAAGAAACCAGAGAUCUUCAAGAUUGAAUGCCUUACAGACAUCAAGAACCUGUUCCAGCAUAACAAGCAGCCAUUCUAUGCUGCCUUUGGGAAUAGAGCUAAUGAUGUGUUCGCCUAUAAGGAGGUAGGAGUUCCUGUGUGCAGGAUCUUCACAGUUAACCCCAAGGGAGAGCUGAUCCAGGAGCAGACCAAGGGCAACAAGUCUUCCUAUGGCAGGCUCAGUGAGCUGGUGGAGCAUGUGUUCCCUCUGUUGAGCAAAGAGCAGAACGAGGCUUUUGUCAUGCCAGAGUACAGCUCUUUCUGUUACUGGAGACAGCCCAUACCAGACAUCAACCCCGACGAACUGCUCUGAUCCAGCACAUAUGGAUACCCGGGUAUAAAUAUACAUGUGACUAGACUGUACACUUGAAUGCAUCUCCAGGAAAACACGUGGACUGGAACCCCAGCUUCCCUCCGUAGUACUCAGACACACACAAUCCUGUAAUGAGUGUUACACAGUAACAGAGUUGUGACCAUAAACACAAAAAAGCAGGUUAACUGUAAUUAAUCCUGAUGAAUAAUGGCUGAAAAAUCUCAUCCCUGGGAGACAAGAGACUAAUCGCCAACUAAAUUAUUGUCGUUCCUCAUGCCUGUGAAGGCAUCCUAACCCAGUGAGCACUCUUUAGUUCCCAUUACUGUAAAGGGAUAGAGAUCAGAGAUACACCUCUUUUCUCCGUAACUUCUGGCAGAGAGGAUGAUCUGCUUUUGCCAUCAGGGGAGCAACAGAAGCCCCGCGCGAGGCAUUAGAUCUUAGCACUAGAUUCUGAGCUGUGAAGCUGUAGAAGGAAAAGUUUUUCUUGUUUUUGUUUUUAUUUUAAAUCAAAUUUUUCACAUAUCCUGAACACCCUAAGGAAGUGAAAUGAAACAUUCAGAGCAAAAAAGAGGCACUUUUAAUUAAAACGGGAUAGGCAAUUAAUACAGGGCACUAGUCAUGCGCCGGUAAUAUCUUGCUGUGGCUGGCGUGUUUGCCUAGACGCAGCUAUCCGGCCUUUAUUUGACGGCUUCAUUGUCUUGUAAAAAAAAAAAAUUAUGUAGUAUGCUAUUCACUAGCCACUAUCACUAACUAUAAACCAUUCACAGUCUUUAAUUUCCAGGAACCUACAGUAGAAAAAGUAGGUGCUUUUAGAUGUUCAGUUUUGUUCCUCGCUCUUCACUCUGGACAGACUGCGGUUAGUAGCUCAGUGCUGGUGGACUCCAACAGCUUUCAGAGGCCACUUUUUCCCUGGAGGGGAACAACCUUCAGACUCAUGUUUGCUAUUGUUAAUAUUUAAGGUCGUACCUGGAACAUACAUUUGCCAACAAAUAUGUGAAGAUGCACAGUUAGGUGUGACUUAAAAAAACUAAAUGAAGCAGCUUCAUGAUAUAUUGUCUUGCUGUUGUUUUAAUGUUUAUUCUGUUAUACGAGCUCUGGCGAAUCAAGUGUUUCGUUAACAAUGCAGUUAUUUAUGAUAAUUGAUAUGUUUAAGUUAUUGAUUUCUGUUGUGAUGCCUUUGCUUGUCUGAAAAAGUAAUUUAUCACAAAUGCAAUGUGGAAAUGAAUCAGUAUUUUGUAUGGUUGGUCACAGGAUAACAUGCACUUAACAGUAACUUCUAGGCCUUGUAUGAACUUUUUUUUUUUUUUGGUCUUGAAUCCCAUUUUCAAAAUGAGCUGUAUUCCUUGUUUUACAGUGACGCUUUCAACAUGUAAUGCACAUACACAUUCCUGAUCAAACCUCAGAAUCCGCAGUUUUAGUAUUAAAAUAUGCGUGUAAAUGUAAAAGAUAACGCUUGAGUUGGAACAGUGGAAAUAAGCAGAUCUAAAAAGAGCUUAAAAUGAAGGAUUGCGAUGUCGCCUGUAACUAAGGGAUGCUAUAAGUUUGUGUGCGCGUGUGCACGCAUCGCUGAGUGCUGCUGCUGUUGGGGUGACGGGAUAAUGCACCCUUCGCUUAUGUUCCCUCAGUGGCUUUACCGAGACUUAUCCAAUGCACUUUGUCCAAGCUGCACCCAGAGACACAGACUUACAACUCAGCACACCUCUCACCCACAUGCACUUCUCUGAAGGUCUUCGUAGACAGUAUGCAAUUAAUGCAGGAUGAAGAGUUCUAGUUUUACCUCUUUGCUGUGUGAAUGACCUUCUGACACCACAGACAAAUCAGCUAUUCGCAAUUGCUUACAUUGAUAUGUCAACGUAAGCAAUUGUUGAAAGGUGGUUAUUAUUUGUUGGUUUCAAGGCAAAAUGUGGGAAUUAAAAACAAAAAACAAAAUAAUGUUUAUUCGGGGUGCUGAACACACGAAAGUAGUGUCACAGCCAACCCUUAGCGAGCGUGUGUGCGUGUGCGUGACAGAGAAAAGACUGAUUCUGUGCCUCUGGUGACCAGAGGAAGAGCCAUUGGGUCUUGUUUGGAGAUAAACAGGAAAUACUUGACUGUAUACAGGAAGCUUUUUGAAGUGCUUCAUUGACAUUAUGUGUGUGUGGUUUAGGAAAACAAUUGUGAGCAGAUGUGUGUCUCCACUGACAUGGAUCAUACCUCCAGCAAAGGUUUAAUAGUAAGACGAUGAUAUGUGGUAGCGAGGAUUAAAAAUCGUAAAGGAGCAGGAGCGAGACAUGACAGACAAAAACCAUAAAAUGGAAAAAAAAAAAAAAAAGCACAAUUGACGAUGCGAGUUAUAUUCAGAUCGUUAUUAUUUGACUGAAGUGUUUCUGCAUCCACUCUGUCUCACCGAUGUUUUUGUGAUGAUUAAGAUGCGUGUUUUGCUUUGAUACAUUUGCUCGUUCUCUACUAAGUUUGGUGAAGUCAAAUAGAUAUAUCUUAUAACUAACAAUAUGAAUUCCAUUCUUUCUAUGAAAGUAAAGCAUCUUGUGUGUAAGAAUCACACUUCAUCCUCUAUGAUCCUGGGAUAUGUGGUGUAUAAUAUUGUUUUCAAUGCUCAACUGCUGUGGAAAUUGAUCCAGCAUAUAUACUGAUCUACACAUUUUUCGUUUUCGAUGCCUUUUUGUUUUAUUAUUUCUUCUAAAGUGAAUGAUCUUUCGUGGGACUAUGAUUGUUUCAUGCCGUUUGGAGGUAACAUUUGUUAUGUGAUUGUGUCUGAACAACAGAAAUAUCUUAAGUGUAUGCUGUGUUUGAUUUGUAUAGAAAUGUGGUUCAAAGUAUGUUUAAAAGAAGAAAAUCCAUUGUAAGAAGAAGAAGAAAAAAAUACAGGCCUAAUAAAGCUAACAAAGUGUG